AUGGAUCUCGACUUGGAGAGGGUCACCACCACCACGGACACCACUCGGGAUUGGUGGCAAAUCGCCCAGUUCUAUCAGAUCUAUCCGCGCUCCUUAAAAGACUCGAACGGCGAUGGCUUCGGCGACCUGCAGGGCAUCAUCUCCAAGCUGGAGUACUGAAGGAGAUCGGAGUGACGGCCACUUACAGCUUAUAUUUCGGCCAUUUACAGCUCGCCCAUGGCGGACUUUGGCUACGACAUCCAGCCGGAGUACGGAACCCUCGCGGACUUCGAUGAGCUGAUUGUGGAGGCCAACAAGCGGAACAUCAAGAUCAUCCUGGACUUUGUGCCCAAUCACUCGAGCGACGAGAACGUUUGGUUCCAAAAGUCGGUAAAAAGGGAGAAGGGCUACGAGGACUACUACAUGUGGCACGAUGGCUAUGUGAAUGCCACCACAGGGAAGAGGGAGCCACCCUCCAACUGGCUGCAGGCCUUCCGCGGCAGCGCCUGGGAGUGGAACGCAGAGCGCCAGCAGUACUACCUCCACCAGUUCGCCGUCAAGCAGCCGGAUCUAAACUACCGCAAUCCCGCGGUGGUGGCCCAAAUGAAGCGGGUGCUCACCUACUGGUUGGAUCGCGGAGUGUCUGCCUUCCGCAUAGACGCGGUGCCCUGGUGCUUCGAGGUUCUGCCCGACGAGCCUCUGAGUGGCUACACCGACGAUCCGGAUGAUUCCUCUUACCUGAAACACAUCUACACCCAGGAUCUGCGGGAGACCGUGGAGAUGGUGUUCCAG